AUGUUAGGCUUGAUUGAUUUGGUUCUAAACCAAACUAGUUCAGAUAAUGAGAUCAGAAAGAAUGCAGAAAUUCAAUUCAGCCAAAUAGUCAAGCAAGAUCCAUCUAAUGCAACUCAAACAAUUUUGCAGCUGGCUCUUGAUAUUUCACUUCCACUAGACGUUAGACAGGCAUGCUUAUUACACUUGAAGCGAUUAGUACCACAAUACUGGUCAAUGGGGUUUGAAUCAUUUAUUGGCCCUCCAAUAAAUCAAGACACGAAACAGUUGAUAAGAUCAAAACUAUUGCAGUUGGCCACUUCUACCCCCGAAUCGAAAAUUAGAAGCGGUGCCGCCUAUGCUAUUGUUCAAAUUGCUUCUGUUGAUUAUCCCGACGAAUGGCCCGAGUUGAUAAAUGAAUUGUACAGUGCCACUACACAAUUCCAGAACGAGACAGCGUUACUUGGUGGAUUACAAGUGUUGACUGACCUAUUUGAUGAUUUGAUCACCGAAGAACAAUUUUGGGAAGGCGGUGUUGGUAAAGAAGUAGUUGGCCAUUUGAAUAAUAUCUUGAGUCAAAAAUUGGCCGCUGACGUCAAGACCCAGGCAAUAAAAUUAUACGAAAGUGUUUUGGCUAUUCUAAGAAGUCCAGAAGCAUUCACAACCGAUGAAAGAAAACAGUUUGUUGUUAAUGAAAUUACUUCUACAAUCCAAGUAUUAGUUCAAUUGCUUUCAGAAAGGGAAUUAAAUCUUGUUGACUUGCAUUUAAGAAGCUUUAUUUACAAGAUCCUUGCUGUCAUCAUUAGUCAAUUCCACUCCAAACUCGCUCUUGAAGUUAAACAGACAAUCUUGACAUUAAGUAUUCAAGAUCUCCAUUACCUUGCACCAGUUUAUAGCAAGGUUGCAUUGGACGGAAACCAUGGGAUUGAUGUGUCUUCCGAAUUAGAGGUUUCAGCCGUGUUUACCAAUCUUCUUGAUGAAUUAUUUCAAACCAUCAAUUCCAUCCAACAUGAUAUCCCAAUAAACAACGACCAAUUCGUUCAGGAUUUGAUUGUCUGUGCAGUAUUACCAAACGAAAAAUUAGAAGAAUACGAGCUUGACUUGAAUGCCUUUGUCAGCGACACAACCGGUUUGAACGUCACCCCAACUGUUCGAGACUCAAUCUAUGAUUUGUUGACUGAAUUAAAUCCUAAUGAUGCCGCUACUUGGUUUAAAUCUAUUUCCUCGCAUCUUAAUGACGAAAAUUGGAGAAAACUAGAAGCACAGUUGGUCAUUCUCGAAGGGUUGCUCGGCAACGACGAGGAGUUGGAGGAUCCGGGAUUAUCUACAUUCACUAGGUUUAUCACUAACCAUAACACAGUAAUCACUUCCAGAUGCUUUUUAUUGUUGCCUAAAUACUUUGAAAAAUUCUCUAAUCCAAAUGCAAAGAGGGUACUUGUUGACAUGAUCACAUUUGCCGCAAGAAGUGUGCCAAGAAUUAAGGUAUCCUCCCUCAUUAGUUUUACCUAUUACAAGCAUGUGACCGAAUUGACUUCCUUGGACAAAUCGAUCCAACCACAGCUUUUUAAGCUUGUUUAUUCUUUGAUUGAAGAUUGCGAAGAAGAUGGACUUCCAGUCUUGUUAGAGGCAAUUGGUGAUACCAUAACUAUAAACCCCAGUUAUGCUUCGGCUGUCACCAUCAGUCAGGGUGUCAACGUUAUUGACUUGAUAUUUAAAAUUGCAUUCAAAGAUCCAGCUAAUGUGCAAUUGAUUACCGACAGCUCGGAAUGCUUGACCGCACUGUUGGAAAACACCAGUGUCCUGGAUUAUAUGAUUGCGUGUGAAAAAUCGUUGCCAUUUAUUUUCAACAUUAUGCAAUCAUCUAAUGGCGAUUAUACCCCCGAGUUGUAUUUGUCGUUGGAAUUAUUAAGCAUUAUAAUUAAAUCAUGCCCUGGAGGCGAACUACCAGCACAAAUUUUCCUGUAUGCAUUUCCAAUAUUGCGAAAGAUAUUGCUCGACUCAUUUGAUAAUCAGAUAUUGCAAAGUGGGGGCGAAGUGUUUAAUGAGUUGAUUAGAAAAGGAUCCAAGUCUUUUCUUGAUUACAAAGAUCCAGCCACAAAAGAGUCAGGCAUUGAUUGCAUGUUAAAAAUUGUUUCCAAGUUUCUUUCACCAGAAUUAUCCGACAGUGCUGCUAACAAGUGUGGAUCCAUUGUAAUUUCGUUGAUUGAUCAAUUUCAAAAUUACUUGCUGUCGGAUUUUUUGACUCAAAUCCUAGAAAGUGCAGCCAAUCGAUUAGUCAUUGCCAAAGAGACAGCAACUAUUGAAAAUUUGGUCAUGGUGUUUUGCCAAUUGGUUUUAAAGUCCCCUGUGGAAAUGAUUGAGUUUUUAAGCAAUAUGCAGUUACAAGGAAAAUCUGGGUUAGCUGUUGUGCUUCCAAUUUGGUUUGAUAGUUAUGAAGUUACUAGAGGAUACGAGCAAAUUAAACAAAAUUCAUUAGCAUUGGGUAAAAUAUUCAGUUUGGGCGAUCCAAGAAUCGAGAAUUUAGUGGUUAAUGGUGAUAUAAUCCCUUACGAUGGUGAUUUGAUCAUUACAAGGUCAAUGGCACAGACAAUGCCCGAUAAGUUUACGCAAAUAUCUGCAUCGCUAAAGAUUUUGAAAUUGUUAGUUAGUGAAUUGCAAUUUCAGUGCCAACAACCUAAUGCUGAAGAGUAUUUACCUGUACAAGAAGAUGACAAUGACGAGGGAUGGGAAGAUAUGGACGACAUCGGAGUUCCUAAUUUUGAAAAACUAAAAAGCUACAUCAACGAUGACAAAAAGCAUGAGACUGAUGAAGGAUUGAAAAAUUUGUUAACACAGUUUUUCCGAGAAUGCACUGCUAAGAACUUGGGAGAUUUCCAGAGAUAUUACGAGGAAUUAAGUGACGACGAAAAGAAAGUGAUUACUGAAAAUUUAAUUUUUUAG